AUGCAAAAUGUGCUGCGACAAGGAGAGUUUGAAGAAACUGAAAUCCAGCGUUCCGUCGAGGAAGACGAAGGUUCGGAGAAACGGAGAGGAACGGAGGUGAAGAAGACGACGGUGACGAGGAGAAGUGUGGAGGGGAAGGUGAAGGAGAGCUUCGCGGUGGUGAAGAAGUCGAAGGAUCCUUAUGAAGACUUGAGGAAAUCGAUGAUAACGGAGAUGGAGAUGUCUGAGGCCGAAGAUUUGGAGCAGCUUUUGCAGUGUUUCUUGGCUUUGAACUCGCGGAGUUAUCAUGCAGUUAUUGUGCGGGCUUUCAUGGAGAUUUGGCAACAAAUGUUCGUAAUGAAAAAUCUCCAAACGAACGUUAAAACUCAGGAAAAGUAA